UGGAUUCCAGGCCAUAUCCAAUCAGCCCGGCAAAAUUGCGUCUCUUGCGAAAUUGCAUUUUGUCUUUAAUAAUUGGGAUUGCUAUUUAUUAUCAGCAUGUCAUCGAUUGAAAAGUUGUCUAUACAAGGAGUGCGUAGUUUCGGCUCCAAUGCCGAGGAUAUGCAGAGCAUUACUUUUUCUUCGCCUGUAACUUUGAUUCUGGGAGAAAAUGGAUGCGGAAAGACAACCAUUAUAGAAUGCCUCAAAUACGCACUAACUGGAGAAUCUCCGCCUGGUAGUGAAAAGGGAAAAAACUUCGUCCACGACCCAAAAAUCUUUGGGAACAACGAGUCCCUGGCCCAAAUCAAAAUGAAGGUGCGGGACAAACGAGGCGCUGAGGUAUCCAUCUGCAGGACAAUGAAAGUGACCAGACAACGCGGCCUGAUGACUUUCAAAACGAUGGACUCCACUCUCAACUUCCUGACCGACGGUGGUCAGCCGAAGCGCGACCAGGAUUCCCUAAGCGGUCGCGUGAACGACAUCGACCAAGCCAUCUCAGACUUCAUGGGCGUCUCAAAGGCGAUUAUCAACAACGUCUUGUUUUGCCAUCAAGAGGAUUCCAGUUGGCCCCUGGAUGAGCCCAAGAAGUUGAAGGAGAAGUUCGAUGCCAUCUUCGGCAUUUCGGAGUACGAUAAGGCUCUGGACAAAAUCAUAAAGAUGCGCAAAGAGGCCACAGAAGACCUAAGGUUGAUGGAGGCCAAUAUAAAGCAUGUGGAGUAUCUGAAGAAGGAGAUGGAGGCAAAAACUCUGUCUCUGCAGAAGGCCCAGGAAAAGUGCAACUCCGUCAAGAGCCAGUGCAACGACUGCGAGGAGGAAAUGAAGCCCAUUGAGGCGCGUUUAACGGAAAUUCGUAACAUCGAAUCAGAGGUUGGAAAAUAUCAAGCCCAAAAAGUGGAAAUGGACACCAAGCAUAAAAACUGCAAGGAGCAGAUAGCCACUAUUUCAAGAAAGAUUAAGACACUCUUCGAGGGAUCUUUGGUUGAGCUGGAGAUGGAAAUUGUAAACUUCGACCAGCGUAUGUCCGAGAUGCAACGCCAGUGCACGGAAGCCGAGGAGGAGCUUUCGCAGCUAAAGAAGUCCAGUGGAAUUGUGAAGGAUAGGCUUGCCACGCACGAUAAAAAACAGGUUCUGGCCAAGCAACAACAUCAGAGUGAACAGGCAUGCAAAGCCCAGCUGCUGAGGCGUGUGAAGGAGUUCUGCCGAGAGCUGCAGAUUCCCAUUGAGGAGAAUUCGAUAGGGCAGCCCGAGAAACUGGAGGAAGUGUUGCAGGACAUCGAGGCUGUGAUCAUGAGCAAGCACUGCGAGAUAGCAGAGAUUGGUGAUCAGAACGACAAGGCCGACCAAAAGAGACAGGCCAAGAUCGACGAACUGCGCAUCGACUUGACCAAGUCGGAGCAAAGCGUUGCAGCGCAGGAGAAACAGCGCGAACAGAGUAAACGCGAAAGCGAGACUCUCGAGGUAGACAUCCAGAGGAUCGAGGCCUCCAUGCACGAGUUGAAGCAGCUGGAAAAGAAAAUAGCUGAUGCCAACGAGCUGUACGAAAACACCACCAAGAACUAUGACCAGCAAGCCAUGCGCGAUGUUAUCGCUGCCAAGAAGUCGUUCAUUGCCGAAAAACAGGCUGAGUUUAAAAAAUUAGAUGAGCAGCUUACUUUCCUUGGCUCCAUGGCCAAGUUGGUUGCCGAAAUCGGUCUGAAGCAAAAGGAAUUAGAGAAGAAAACCCAGGAAGUGCAUCGUGUGCGAAGCCGACACUCUGAUAACUUUGGAAAAUUCUUCAAGGAAAAGAUUUCCGGCAACUAUCGCCGGUCGAUGCAGGGGGCCUACGACAAGUUGAAUAGAGAGAUCAAGGACCUGAAUGAAAAGGCCAAUGCCCAAAAGUUCAAGGAGCAGUCAUACGAGAUUAAACGCAAAAAUCUCAUCGGGGAUAUUGGGCGCAUGGAGAAGGAACUGAAGGAGAGCGAGGAGCUGAUAUUCCAAAAGUGUCGCUCCACUCCUUAUGACGAGUUACUGGACCGAAGCAAAGUUGCCAUUACGAAGUUGCAGUUCGAUCAUGGCGCGCUCAAAUCCGCCGAGGCUUUAUACAAGAAGUACAUACAGAAAAUUGAGGAAGAACCAUGCUGCCCCUUGUGCCACCACAACAUGUCCGGGGAUGAGGCCUGCGAUCUGACCACAGAGCUGACCGACGAGAUUCAAAAGUUGCCCGAGAACAUAAUCAGGGCCGAGAAAGCCCUAAAAACUGAGACUCUAAAAUAUGAGAACUUGCUUCAGCUUAAACCGAACAUUAUAAAGGUUAAGGACUUAAAGGAAGCCUUGCCUAAAAAGAAGGAGGAGCUUAAACAAGUGGAGGAGCUGCUGGGCGAGACCGUUAGUGAAUAUGAGACUAUAUUGGCGCUGAUUGGCGAACCUACCCACAACAUGGAGUUGGCUAAUUCCAUGAUGGGCGAUAUGACUUUGCUCGACGAAGCUUUAAAGGAAUCAGCGCGCCUGGAGAAGGAUCUGGAGCUCCAGAAAGCCAAGUUACCUCCAUCCUACGAUUCAAGUGUUUCAAUGGAUGCUUUGCAAGCGGAGAAGAGUCAGGUAUCUAAGGACUUGGAAGCAGAACGUAAGGAUCUGGAAACCCACCAGACCACCUUCCAACAGCACCUGGACGCUUUAAACCGUGUUCGUGAAAUCAAAAAUGGACUAAAGGACAGACAAAUAAAGCUGCAAGAGGGCUUGCAAAGCCUUCCUCAGUUGAAGGAAAGAUAUGAGAAGCUUACCACUUUCCUCACAACAGUAACCACUGAAAUAAACGAAUUAAGGUCAAAAAUUCAACCUCUCAAGCAGGACCUAAGGGCUGCCAUCAGUGAAAAGGAGCGACUAAAGGAGAGUGAACGCACCAAGUUGGCCCAAUUGAAUUCGAAGUAUAAUUCGUACAAAAGUACAGAUCAGGACAUACAAAGAUUGAACAAUGAAGCCCAGAACUACGCGAAGCUAGACUUAAAAAGUGAAAUCAGCAAAUUGGAAGAGGUUAUCAAGGCCUCCAAUGAGCAAAUAAGGAAAUUGGAGCUGCAAAUAGAUUCCAAGACUGGGCAAGUGGAGUCCAUUAAGACGGAGUGUCGCAACCAGCAGAACGUGGAGCGAGACUUGAAGGAUAAUCGCGAGCUGAAGCAACUGCAGGAGAAGGAAUCCAAGCUAAGCGAAAGCUGUGUGGCACUCUCUAAGCAACUGGGCAACUUGGACUUCCGCAGCGUCACCAAAGAGAAGUUGGAACUAACAAAGCGCCGGGAUGCGUCCACGGUGAGAAAGGGAGAGCUGCUGGGUCAGCUGGGCGAGAUCAACUGUCAGGUGAAAAGGCUGGAGCAGGAAAUAGACGAGCCAAAACUAAAGGAGUCGUUCAAAAACUUCCAAAAGGCUAACUAUGAGCUGGUAGUGAUGCGCCGCUGCAUCGACGACUUGGGCCAGUAUCGGAUGGCCCUGGAGUGGGCCCUCAUUCAGUUUCACGCGGAGAAAAUGGAGAACAUCAAUCGUCUGAUCCGCGAGUACUGGCGCAUGAUAUAUCGGGGCAAUGACAUCGACUACAUCCAGGUGAAGACCGACGACAUCAGUGCGAAUGCAAAUGCCGAUCGACGCAAGACCUACAACUACCGAGUAGUUCAGUCGAAGAACAACACGGAGAUUGAGAUGCGGGGUCGCUGCAGUGCUGGUCAGCGCGUCCUCGCAUCUCUGAUCAUUCGCAUGGCAUUGGCCGAGACCUUCAGCAGUAAUUGUGGAGUGCUUGCCUUGGAUGAGCCCACCACUAACUUGGAUCGUAUUAACAUCACCUCGCUGUGCGAUGCCCUGAACUGCAUUGUGGAGGAACGGCAAAGCCAGUCGAACUUCAUGCUCAUCAUCAUCACCCACGACGAGAAUUUCAUUUCGUCGCUGGGCAAGAUAAACAGCUACCAUCGCGUGUUCCGGAAUGAUGAGUGCAAGUCGGUUAUUCGCAAGGUACAGGUUGGCUGAAUGUUCGGUCCAUCAAAGAAACUAUUACAAUUAAAUGUAUAAAGUUUGUUAUCAAUA